AGGAAAAAAACAAUCUUUCAAACAGGAUACACGCCUUUAGCUGAGUACUGUUGAAGCAUUAUCACAUGAAAUAAAAGUGUUGUCCGUAGCUCGGGGCAACAAACUUGACAUUAGCUAUUCUUUUUUAUUUCAUUGCAUUUUCAAUGACACAUCAAUAGCUGUGAAUGGAUCAAAAGUGGAGGGACUUUUAAUGUUAAUGUGACUCUUAUCAGUUGAUGGACUUUGAUUGGGGUCAUUGUGUUUUCUUCAGCAGGGACAUUGGAGCUGUUUUGGGUGGGACGUUCAGUUCCACGUCGACAGGUUUCACAACCAACUCAUCACACCAGAACUUCAGUGAAGAGUUUGAAUGGCUCUGGUGAAACAUACAGGCGGCUGCCACUGUGGGGCUGUUAGAUUUGAAGUCUUGAAUUCCCCAGACCUCCAAGUUUUCCAAUGCAACUGUAGCAUUUGCACAAAGAAACAAAACCAUCAUUUCAUUGUUCCAAAGAAUCACUUCACGCUCUUACAGGGGUCACAUAAUCUAACCACAUACACGUUUAACACUCACGUUGCUAAACACACCUUCUGUAAAACCUGCGGAGUUCAAAGUUUCUACACUCCACGCUCCAACCCUGAUGGAUACGGGGUUGCUCCGCACUGUCUGGAUCCAGGUACUGUCCGCAGUAUCACCGUGGAGAAGUUUUGUGGGGAGAAGUGGGAAGAAAGCAUGAAAGCUCACAAGUGCAUCAGAGAUAUGUCUAAACUUGCAGCAGACACACAAUGAAAACACUGGGAUUUAAGAAUCAAGCUUUUUUUUUUAAUCAGCA